AUGGCUACACAGCCUUGUGCAAUAACUGGUUAUACCUAUGAUGAGUUAAUGCUUAAACAUGAAUGUCCAUGGGCGAAACAUCAUCAUGAAAGUCCUCUUCGUUUAUCAUCAAUCAUCGAUCGAUGUCGCGAAUUAAAUCUAUUUGAUCGGUGCCUCUUUGUUAAGUCUACGAAAGCGAAUGAUGAAGAUAUUUUAUUAUAUCAUAAAGAAAGUUUAUUGAAAAGUUUAUCACACGUACCAUGUGAGAACAUUGAACAAUUGAAAGAAUUUUGUAGAAAAUAUGAAGAUGUUUAUAUGAAUGAAUUUUCAUUUGAAGCCGCUCUACUUGCCGUUGGUGGUUCAUUGAAUCUUUUGAAAAGUAUUAUGACCAAUCAGUGUCGCAAUGGAUUUGCUCUCGUACGUCCACCCGGUCAUCAUGCAAUGGAGAACGAUAUGAAUGGUUUUUGUUUAUUUAAUAAUGUUGUUAUAACUGCAAAAACUGCCAUUGAAAAAUAUAAUUCAAAAAGAGUUUUAAUUCUUGAUUGGGAUGUUCAUCAUGGUCAAGGCACGCAAUAUGCUUUUUAUGAUACGAAUAAAGUUUUGUAUAUAUCAACUCAUCGAUAUGAAUAUGGUCAUUUUUGGCCAAAUCUCGUGGAAUCUGAUUUCGAUGCUAUCGGGGAAGGCGAUGGAAAAGGAUUCAAUGUGAAUAUACCACUGAAUAGAACUGGAUUGAAAAAUGCUGAUUAUUUAUACAUAUUUUUUAAUAUUAUUCUACCGAUUGCGUAUGAAUAUGAUCCUGAUUUAGUUCUUGUUUCCGCUGGCUAUGAUGUAGCAUUGGGAUGUCCUGAGGGAGAAAUGAAACUUACUCCGGAUAUAUUUGGACAUUUAACACAUUAUUUAAAAGGUUUAGCCAAUGGCAAGGUGAUGGUUCUUCUUGAGGGCGGCUAUUGUAUCGAUACUUUAUCUGAAAGUGCUGCAUGGACAUUACGUUCAUUACUUGGUGAUCCAUGUUCGCCUUUACAACCAUGCGUGAACCCUGAUCCUAUUGUGAAAAAAAUGGUUGCUUGUUGUAAAAAUGUUUUGAAAGGUUAUUGGCAAUCGUUAAAGAUUGAUUUAACAGAUGAAGGGGAAUUUUGGAUUGAAGAAGCAAGACGUAAACGAGCAUUGGCUCCAUUGGUGAAUGAUCACGUUCGACCCGCACAGUAUGAUUUAACUCCAACUCUUGUUGUGAAGCAAACAGAAGAACAAAAGUUGAAAAUUCAACAAGAUAUAAAACGUGCCUUAGCAUUAGCUCCACAUCAAAAACCAUUAGAAAGAGGGCGUACACUUAUUGUUUACGAUGAAUUAAUGAAAAAAUUCAGUUCAAGAAAUCAUUGUGAAAGACCUGGCCGAAUCGAAGCUAUUUGGCGUGGACUACGAAAUCGUGGUCUUGAUCAACGUUGCACAAUGAUUUCAAGUCGUUAUGCUACAAAAGAAGAAAUACUUCUUGUUCAUAGUGACGAGUUCUAUGAAUUCUUGAAAAGUACAAAAACAGCGACUAGAAAAGAAUUAUCAGAACUUAAAGGAUCUCUUCGCUCUAUUGAAUAUUCAAAUGACGUAUUCGAUAAUGCACUUCUGGCAACUGGCUCAUGUUUAAAUAUGGUUGAUGCAAUAAUGUCUAAUGAAGGAGGAAAUGGUUUUGCUAUUGUACGGCCACCUGGUCAUCAUGCUCAUUGCAGUUUGGACUAUGGUUUUUGUUAUUUUAAUAAUGUUUCAGUUUGCGCAAGAUAUUUACAAAAAAAUUAUAACCUUCAACGAAUUUUAAUUGUCGAUUUCGAUUAUCAUAUGGGUGAUGGAGUGAAGGAUGUUUUCUAUGAAGAUCCUGGUGUACUUUAUAUAUCAUUGCAUUGUGCUGAUGCAUUUCCACCCAAUGAAGGUCAUCCGAAAGAUAGUGGGAAAGAUAGAGGACUUGGAUUUAAUGUUAAUAUUGGAUGGUUAAACUUUGACCCACCAGCUGUUGAUGCAGAUUACAUAAAUGCUUUUCAUCAUGUUAUUUUACCAAUGGCUUAUGAAUAUAAUCCAGAAUUUGUAUUAGUUUGCGCUGGUUUCGAUGCAGCUGAAGGAGAUCGUAUUGGUUGGGGAAAACUUUCAGCUUGUGCUUAUUCUCAAAUGACGCAUAUGUUACUUUCAUUAGCAAAUGGGCGCGUUUUGGAAGUACUUGAGGGAGGGUAUUGUUUAAGCCAAUUGAAUGUGUGCGGUUCUGCUUGUGUAGCUACUCUUCUUGGCGAUUCACCUGUUCGUUGUUCAGAAGAUGCAGCAAAAUAUCCUCAAGAUCUAGUAUCUCUACCAACUAUUCGCAUAAUUAAAAAUAUUCAUCGACCAUUCUGGUCAUCAUUAUUCUCGAUUCCUGUUCAAGACGAGAGUACAAUUGACCAACUGGCAGAGAGUCUCGAACAAAAAGCAAUGAUCAAAAAUUGA